ACAAACUGCAAAAGCCGCGCGUGGUUUAUUUCUGUUUUUUUUUCUCCGCUCGCCGGCGACGGGACGCGUCAGAAGCGAAUGGAUUUUGAUUUUGAGACGGUUCCGGGCGCGUUUCGGCAGCGGCGCCUCCUGGCUUUGAAUUGCGCGUGAUUCGCGGAAAGCUCAUGGACAGCGCUGCGGAGGAUCAACCCGCACACUCGCCUGUUGCAGCCGCCGCCGCCGAGUAACGAGGAUCACGCGGAGGCGCGGGGCGCUUUUGACCUCGCCGCUCUGCUUUUCCCACCGCGGAUCCCCCGUCCUCCGCGUUCCCACUUCCUCGCCGCGUCCAUCCACGGCGGAGCGGGCGCGAGGGAGAGCGAGCGAGCGAGCGAGAGGGCGAGCGCGAGCGCGAGGACCGCCGGAGAGAGCAGCGGGAGCACCGACCGGGGGGAGCCACGCCGGUUUCAACCCCCCCCCCCCCCCCCCCCCCCCCUUCCUCAACCAUCGUCGCAUCCGCCGGCGCUUUUUCCUCCACCGAUUUCGUGUUGUGUGCGGAAACUGCGCACCCUCCUUCCACCUCCGCCCGCCCUCCGCCCCGAUCUAUGUGGGAGCCCCGGGAGCGCACCCAGGGGUGAAAGUGUGCCGCCCGUCUAAGCUCCGCGGAUCCCCCAGGCAGCCCCGGAUCAGCGGGGCCACGCGCGCCUCCCCCGCCGGGCGCCCGCAGCCGACAUGCCGCGGAGGAAGCAGCAAGCGCCGCGGCGCGCCGCAGCAUACGUCCCUGAAGAUGAAAAGGAAGCAGCCCUGUUGGAUGAAGACCUGGAUGGAGAUGACUCAGCUCAGGAAGGGGAGGAACCGGCUGCCAAAUUCUUGUGUCAGGACAAGGAUUUCCUUCUCAAAGACAGGCCAGGAUCCACUGGAUUCCACGACUCCCCCAAUGCUGCUGACUUUUCAGGGCAGGAGAUGGACAGUGAGUCUCACCUGAGUGAAUCCAGCGAUAGAAUGUCUGACUUUGAGAGCUCCUCACUAAAAAAUGAGGAUGAUGUUGCGCUUUCUAAAGAUCCCUCAAAUGCCCUUUCCCUGUCAUCCUCCUCUUCCAUACUGGCUGGUUCCCAUGCCAUUGCCCCAGGAAGUGGAGAUGAGGCCGUCUUAACAGCUACAGGGUCUGUGGCUGACAGCCUGGAGAAAAUGAAGGCCAUCUACACCUCGUUCCUGACCAACUCCUAUUGGUCUACACUGAAUCUGAACCUGAGCCAGCCACCUGCUGAAAAACCCCCACGCAGUCACAGCAGUAGCAGUAGCAGUAGCAGCAGUAGCAGCUGUGGAAGCGGAGGGUAUGACUGGCACCAGACAGCCAUGGCCAAAACUCUCCAGCAGGCAUCACAGAACCACCACAACAGACUGAGUCUGGUACAACAUCCCACAGUGGCUGUAUCCACAGCAUCUACGGAGCCUAACCUCUUUAGCACUGUCCAGCUAUACCGCCAGAGCUCCAAGCUCUAUGGCUCUAUAUUCACCGGUGCCAGCAAAUUUCGCUGCAAGGACUGCAGUGCCGCUUAUGACACACUAGUAGAGCUCACAGUGCACAUGAAUGAAACAGGCCACUACCGAGAUGAUAACCACGAGACGGAUAGUGAAGGUGCUAAACGGUGGUCUAAGCCCAGAAAGCGUUCUCUGCUGGAGAUGGAGGGGAAGGAAGAUGCACAGAAAGUUUUGAAAUGCAUGUACUGUGGGCACUCCUUUGAAUCCCUUCAGGACCUAAGUGUCCAUAUGAUCAAGACAAAACACUACCAGAAAGUGCCUCUGAAAGAGCCUGUGACACCAGUGGCAGCUAAGAUCAUCUCCACAGCCCGGAAAAGAGCCCCUAUUGACAUAGACAUCCCGAGCUCUCCGGACUCCAAUGGAGGCACAACACCUAAGCCGACCUCCCUCAAUGACACUAAUGAUAUACUCCAAAAGGUUAGUAACCCUUACAUCACACCUAACAACCGCUACGGACACCAGAAUGGUGCAAGCUAUGCCUGGCAGUUUGAGUCGCGGAAGUCACAGAUUCUCAAAUGUAUGGAGUGUGGCAGCUCCCAUGACACACUGCAAGAGCUAACGGCUCACAUGAUGGUGACUGGACACUUUAUUAAAGUCACCAACUCAGCUAUUAAGAAAGGUAAACCCAUUAUAGAGUCACCCACGCCAGUGUCUAUAUCAAAUGCAGCAGCUGAAGAAAAGGUCCAGUCUGUCCCCCUGGCUGCCACAACCUUCUCUCCACCACCUGCUCCAGUGCCACCUCCAAGCAGUAUCUCCCCCAGUGCCAUGGCUGUGGAGAUAAAGAAGGAGGAGAAGGAGGAGGAGUGUACUAAAGAAUCAAUCAUGAACAAUGGUAACGGUAUCAACAAGGAGAAAAAGCCAGGCAGUGAGGAAGAGGAUGAGAAGUUUGAUGUUUCUUCAAAAUACAGUUAUCUCACUGAAGAGGAUCUGGAAGAAAGUCCCAAAGGGGGCCUUGAUAUCCUUAAAUCCUUGGAGAACACAGUCACUUCAGCCAUCAACAAGGCCCAGAACGGCUCUCCAAGUUGGGGUGGAUACCCCAGCAUACAUGCUGCCUACCAGCUACCGAACAUAAUGAAGCUCUCUCUAGGCAACUCUGGUAAGAGCUCUCCUCUUAAAUAUAUGUUCCCCGGAGGGGAGAUCCUCUCUCCAACUGGAAAGAGUCAGCCUCUUAUCUCUCCACCCAGUUGCCAAACAUCUCCACUUCCCAAAAAUAACUUCCACGCUAUGGAAGAGCUGGUGAAGAAAGUCACGGAGAAAGUUGCCAAGGUAGAGGAGAAAAUGAGAGAGCCCAGUUGUGGUGUAAGGGGAUCUCCUGUGAGACGUAUCACGCCUUCACCUUGCAACAGCGAGGCAGGAGACUCAGCUCGAGGAGAGUCCCCCAAAGAAAAUAGAGCUGGAAACUGUAAAACUCCUGAGGCUACAAGUACAGUGGAAAAGGGAGCAGGGGAUGCAAGUGGGGCCAGUCACAAAGAUUCAAAUGGAGAUCAAUCCAUAAAUGAGUCUGUGGAGAAUGGAGUUGAGUCCACUGCUGUGACACCUCCACUGCCCGCCUCCUUAUGUGGCAGUACAGCGAUCAUCACAGAUCAUCCACCUCCAGAACAGCCAUUUGUCAAUCCUCUCAGUGCUCUGCAGUCAGUAAUGAACGUCCACCUGGGCAAGGCUGCUAAGCCUGCCCUGCCCUCCCUUGACCCCAUGAGCAUGCUGUUCAAGAUGAGCAACAGCCUAGCAGAGAAAGCAGCAGUGGCUGCUUCAACCCCACCAGCACAGACCAAAAAGCCCAGUAAUGACCACUUAGACCGUUACUUCUACCAGCAACAUCUAAAUAAUGACCAACCAAUCGAUCUCACCAAAGGCAAACAUGCUGACAAAAACAAUGGUAGUGGAUCAUUGGGUUCAACAGCUCUAUCAUCCACUACUUCCACCCCAUCCUCUGUUUCUCCCCCCUCUGCUGUCACUAUGACCAAAGCUUCAGCUGCAGUGGCUUCCUUCAUGUCCACAUCUCCUUUGAGGGAAAAUGCCCUGUCAGACAUUUCUGACAUGCUGAGGAACCUGACAGAAAGUCAGGUUGUCUCUAAGUCCUCCACACCCACCAGCCAGUCUGAACGUUCCGAGAUUGAAGGUGUCACACAAGAGGAAACGGAAGAUAUUUCACCAGCCCAGAAACGUAAAGGCCGCCAGUCAAACUGGAAUCCUCAACACCUCCUCAUUUUACAAGCCCAGUUUGCUUCCAGUCUAAGACAAACAAGUGAUGGCAAGUACAUGAUGUCAGACCUCAGUCCACAGGAGAGAAUGCACAUUUCCCGUUUUACUGGCCUCUCAAUGACUACAAUAUCUCAUUGGUUGGCUAAUGUCAAAUACCAGCUAAGGAGAACCGGUGGUACCAAGUUCUUGAAAAACUUGGAUUCGGGUCACCCAGUUUUUUUCUGCAGUGACUGCGCCUCUCAGAUCCGUUCACCGUCCACCUAUGUCAGCCAUCUGGAAUCUCAUUUGGGCUUUCGCCUGCGAGACCUGUCCAAGCUUUCUGGUGAGCAGCUGCUCAGCCACAUAUCCCAGCACCACCAUCAGCAACGCCACGCCAAAGGACUAUCUGAAAAACUGCUUUCUAAUCUCCACUCAUCCAGCCACCAUUUACCCUCCUCUCUAGCCACAUCCCUGCCCUCUUCACUACCCAUCUCCUUGCCCUCUUCCUUAACCGCCUCCCGGCCCCUAAAUGAAUCGCCAUCACCCUCCCACGAGGAGGACGACAGCGGGGCCAUGUACCAGUGCAAGCUCUGUAAUCGGACUUUUGCAAGCAAGCACGCGGUCAAGCUUCAUCUGAGCAAGACCCAUGGGAAAUCCCCUGAGGACCAUCUCCUGUUUGUGUGUGAGCUGGAUAAACAGUAGCACUGGCUGGGGACAAUGCUGCACUUUUUCGUAAUGACUCACUCUUUCUUGUUCUGUCUCUCUUCAGCCUUUCAUAGACAUUUCUUGCAAAGACAAGAAAGGAUUAUUAAUGUGAUGGAACUGCACAAAGAUGCCAUAAAACUACUGCUUUGAGUUUAGGCACAUGGUUUUAGUUUUUUUGUUUUGUUUCUUUGUGAGGAAAACUCACAUAAGACACUUGAUUUUACUGAUCUGAGGAGAGUUUGUUGAAAAUGUGCAGAUGGGGAUUGUUGUCACUGGCGAGACAGUAUAUGAAGGUUUAAAAAAAGAGAUACUAAAAGGAUGUGUAUUUUGAAACCUGUAUAAAUAGAAUUAUGUUCCUUUAUAUUUUGGGAUCACUGGGGUGUGACAAGCUGCAUGCGUAAAGGAAAACAGUUUAGUUAAACCUUUUAUAACUGAAUCUGGUGCACUUUCCAUGUUUUGUUUUAUUUUACUCUUUUCGACUUUUAUGCUCACUUAAGCUUUUUCAUUUUUGUUCCUGUAUAAUGUUUUUCAGCUGACAUCAGCAUUUAAAAUUUAACCCUCUGAGUACGCCAAAGCACUUCAAACAUCUGAACAGCCAUUGUCUCGAGAUUUGGAAUUGGGAACUAUUGAAACUAUUGUGAGAAUUGGUGAGUUAGUUUGCAUUGUUUCCGCAAUGCCCAUUUUUCAGAAACAUAGUUUGUCUAAGCCUAGACAUGUAAACAGUUCUAAAGGGGGGUUCUGUACUCAGUGUGAGGUGUUGAUCAUACUUUAAAUAUUUAUCUGGAAGUUCCUCACAGAACUUGACACAAGCAAAUGUAGCUGUGUGGUAAAAUAAAAAAAGAAAAAUCAAGCAAAAAAAACUUUUAUGUUGGUCGAUCAGGGACCUAUGUUAAUUCAGGUCUAUGUAAAAUAUGUACAUAAAAACAUAUUAACUAAUUCUUGUCUAAAUUAUGCAUCAUUUCUAUAUUUUUAAUUUAAAAAGGGUAUCUGCUGGUGCACAGUAUAUGAAGACAUAAAUAAAAUUGUUUUGCACAAUAGUUUUAUAAAUGUGUUAUUUAAUCAAACAACAAGAAAAAAAAGGGGAGGUAAGAAAAAGAUGACGUGAUUCUUUUUAUUCUAACUCGUGCUCAAAGGGUUAAAGACUCUUUUUACCAGACACUACUCUGUGUGUAUGAACACUUAAACGAUAUUAAAGGUUGUACAAAAAGAUGUUGCUUUAUGAAGAUAUUUCACAUGUAAACUGUUAUUUAUAAGCACUCUUGGUUUCAUAUUGUUGAAUGCCUGUUGGUCAUUCUUUUACUUUUUUUUUUUUUUUUACUUUUUGUUUAAUUAAUCUGUCAUGAUUCCACACAGCAGCUUUAUCUUUUUUCGGAUUAUGAAAGGUAACCAUGGUUACUCUAACCUCCUGAGUGACAACUUCUGCUACAGUUUUGGCAGUUAAUUUGCUGAAGUAACUGACAGCUGCCAGUGUAGAGAAAUAAUUAAAAAAAAACGUAUGUGUAAAAUAUCGGCAUGUAAACAGCACAGAUACUGUUAUGCAUUCUGUGCUGUUAGUCUUUUUCAUUUCAUUCUUUCUUUUUCUGUUGUUGUUGUUCUUGACAAUGAACCCCCCCCCCCUUCCCCCAUUAUAUGACUUCAUAUAACCUUGUUUUCUACUGCAGCAUUAAAAAAAGAAAACAGUUUUUUGCAAUAA